UUUGACGCGUUGGAGUAAUUAAGAUUGCUAUUUAAAUUCGAAAAGGGAGUGAACAAAAAGAUAUCCGUAAAAUAUCUAAAAAUAUAUGUGUGUUAUAUUGUAAAUCGUAUUAAUUUAAUAUAUUAAAAAGUGAAUAUAUAUAUAAUGGAUCUAAAAUACUAUGAUCAGUGCGAGUUCCAAACACAUUUACCAUUUCAAUAAGCAAAAUUGCCUGCUUAAAAAAACAUCUGCUACACUGGAAGAUAAGCAAUUCCGUUGAGUUGCAAAUAUUUGAAUACGGAGGCGAAAUAUGUACAUGUAUUAGCACAGAUUUUCAAUUCUGCUUCAUAAAGGGAGAAUAAUAUUUGUUGAUAUCAUUUAUAUAAAUUUACGUUCCGAUCUUCAAACACAAGAGCAAUGAUUCAUGUCGGAGAGAAUUCUUGGAAUCUUCGGAUUUUUAUCACCGAUCUACGUAUUGAGAAAACUUUGCGAGUUCGAGGUGAUCAACACAUUGGAGGUAUUAUGCUGCAACUUGUUGAACCAGAAAAUCCGAAAGAUUGGUCAGAUCACGCCCUCUGGUGGCCAGCGAAAAAUGUAUGGUUGACGAGAACCCGGUCAACUUUGGAUCAGGUGGGUGUACAAGCUGAUUGUAUACUACACUUCACACCAAUGCAUAAAACUCUUCGAGUUCAAUUACCAGACUUACGAUAUUUGGACUGUAGGGUCGAUUUUUCAAUCAAAACCUUUGCUUCAAUAGUCAAUCUCUGUAAAGCACUUGAUAUUCGAUAUCCCGAGGAAUUGUCCUUUUGUAAACCAAUUGAGUCCGAGCAUUUAAAAAAAAAUUUUUCAAAACUACCGCAAAAGGCAAUACCUGUGGCAGACUUAGAUGGGACAACAUAUCUACAACCCGCUCCAGACACAAAUUCUUUCAUCCCCAUUAAUUCUGCAUUCAAUGGUAGUAAUGGUAGUCUUGAUAAGCAUCAGAACGAAAAUUUUUUGUGCGCACCGGUAUCGCCUUAUGCAUCGACACCGCGACGUGGACCCAGUGGAACUGCCCCAAGUACGCCUAUCAGCUCACCUACAGGUACUUGGAAACAAAGCAAUAAUGGAUACACCACAAUAGAUUCGUCUUCUAGUCUAGGCGACAUUCAAGAAAAUUUAGCAUGUUCUCCUAGGUCACCAAGUCCAGAUGUCCGUGCGAGGCUUUUACGUCCGCGGUCUUUAAUAGAAAAAGCUCGUAUGAAUGUGGGAUGGCUGGAUUCCUCACUUUCAAUAAUGGAACAAGGUAUUCGUGAAUACGAUACCCUUUGUUUGCGCUUCAAGUAUUAUACAUUUUUCGACAUCAAUCCAAAAUAUGAUCAAAUACGUAUAAAUCAGUUAUAUGAACAAGCCAAAUGGUCGAUAUUAAAUGAGGAGAUCGAGUGCACUGAAGAAGAAUCACUUAUGUUUGCUGCACUCCAAUUUCAAAUAAAUUAUCAAGCAGAUUCUCAUUCUUCGAAACUGGAUGUAGUAGACUCUGGUAAUGGCGAAAAUGGAACGUACGAUGAUAUUGACACUGCGCUAAAUGAAUUGCAGAUUACAUUGGAAGGCCCAAAUGCCACUACAGAAGUCAGCAACAUAACAAAAAUUCCCGAACUUUCAGACUAUUUGAGAUUUCUGAAACCUCGUAAAUUUACAUUAAGAGGAUAUAAAAGAUAUUUCUUUGCAUAUCGGGAUCUUCAUCUUCAUUUGUACAAAACUGCUGAAGAUUCUCGUCGCGGAGCACCAGAGAUUACCAUCAACCUACGUGGAUGCGAAGUAACCCCCGAUGUUAAUUUAACUCAAGGAAAAUUCUCCAUUCGUUUGGAAGUCUCUCCAGAAGGUCACAGUGGGCCGAACAGUGAAGUGUGGGUACGUUGCGAUACAGAAGAACAAUAUGCAAGAUGGAUGGCUGCUUGUCGAUUAGCAUCCAAAGGGCGUUCCCUUGCCGACAGCUCAUACGAAAGUGAGGUGGCCAGUAUUCGCUCUUUUCUGAGUAUGCAGAAACCAGUUCAAGGUGUUGCGGUUAACGUAGAUCCACGAAGUAUUGAUGCUAAUGACUACUUGUCGCCGAGAAUGUUACGUAAAAUGUCGAAUAAAGCAGCACAAAGGAUUUUGGAAGCUCAUGCAAACGUACGUAAGCUGGGAUUAAUAGAGGCAAAGCUUAAAUAUAUAGAGGCAUGGCAAUCAUUGCCUGAUUUUGGCGUAACACUAUUUGUUAUUAAAUUUGACGGACAUAAAAAGGAAGAACUUCUUGGGGUAGCACAUAAUCGUAUUAUGCGAAUGGACCUUAACACAGGAGACCAUAUUAAAACAUGGCGCUACAAUACUAUGAAGGCCUGGAAUGUAAACUGGGGUAUAAAAUGCAUGAUGAUUCAGUUUCAUGAUGAAACUGUAGUCUUUUCGGUUCAAUCUGCUGAUUGUAAAGUCGUUCACGAAUUUAUCGGAGGGUAUAUAUUUAUGUCCAUGCGUUCAAAGGAAAAUAAUCAAACAUUAAAUGAAGAAUUGUUCCAUAAAUUGACUGGAGGAUGGGCAUAAAAUAAAAUAUGUAGUCGUCAUCCAGUAUUUCGUAUACAUGAUAUUUUGUACAUACAUUUUUACAUAUGCUAACAAAUAUAUGACUUAUAUAAUAAGUCAUUUGGUGACUCUAAAUAAGCAAACAUUGUAAAUUACAGCGUUUCGGUUUUUCUCAAACGCCAUAUUACUUUUUUUUAUAUAGACAAAUGUCUAAUAUUCACUUCAUUUUCUGGAAAAAUAAAUAGCACAUUUAAACAAAUUGGUAAACAAAUCUACAUACAGUAUAGUAUAGAAUAUCGCAUUCGUUCUACUGGAUUACACUGCAUUUAUAUAUGGUAGAAAAGAAUGUCUGCUGCGGAAACGACGUUCAAAAUGGUUAUAAAAUAAGAUACAAAGCCAAACUAAUUUAACUUGUUUAUUUCUGAGGUGCCUAAGUCGUAUUUUUCUACUUGAGGCUAUUAAACCUCACGCAUUAAUUAUAACUACCAUUAACAUUAUACCAGUUCAAAAAUGUUGUACCUUUCGAAAAAGCGCAUACAUAAAUGCAAACGAAUAAUUUUAUUAAUACCCUCUUAACAUAAAAAUGUUAAAUUUAAAAUUACUGAAUGUAUGUAUGUUUUUAAUAACAAAUUUCUAUGUGUAUUAUUAACACUACGGUGCCUUGCUCAGUAGUAGCCUUAAAAUGGUUGACGAUGAAACGAGGAACGCACAAUAUUGUCGCUAAUACUUAUAACUCAUAAUAGGUUACCCCUUAAAGAGUAACUUUCACUACAAUAAAUGUUGAGUCAUAAACUUUAUAAUAUUAAUUAGAAUGCAAAUACCACAGUUUAUGGAAAUACAUAUACGAGUACACACGUAUAAUUUUUAAUAAAAGUUUGACCUUAAAUAUGAC